AUGAGUGCCUCACAGCAGCACGACGAGGAGUCCAAAACUCUCUCCUCAAUCGUCCCAACCUUCACCCCUUCCGAAUCUUCCGAAUCCGCUGCUGUCAAAUCAAUCAUCAGCUCCCUCUCUCUCAUCGAGCACGUCGAAGGAGGCUAUUUCACAGUCACAGACCGCACCAUCGACCUCGUCAAUGGCCUUCCCGAAGAUUUCGACUACGCGCUCCGUCGUCUUUCGACUACAAUCUUCUACUAUUUGACGCCUAACCGCCCUCAAGGCUCAUUCCAUCGGAACCGAAGCCGCAUCAUUCACAGUCUCCACCGAGGCCGCGGCCGCUAUGUUCUUAUCCACCCAGAUGGCCGUAUUGAAUCCUUCGUUGUUGGUCCCAACAUUGAGCGCGGCGAGAAGCUCCAGUGGGUGGUGGAGGGUGGCGUGUUCAAGGCAAGCUUCCUCCUCCCUGACAUUGAUGGUCAGUCUGGCAGUGAUGGCCUGCUCAUCUCGGAGACUGUUGUGCCUGGUUUCGAGUACGCUGAUCACGAGUUUCUGUCUCACGAACGGUUGGUGGAAGUUCUUCCAGAAGCCAAGGCCAAGGCGCUGGAGUGGCUUGUCAAGCACUGA